CACAUGCUAACAGGAAAGAAAAAUUCUGUCACACUUGAAGAGAGGUCUUUUGCAAUCGCUGUUCGUGGCUUUUUUCAUGAACUUCAAAGAAAAACCAGGAAUUUGCUAACUUGAAUUUACAGUUUAAAUAUAACACUGCAUCUCUUUGUUCACUGUGUAGCCACAUUCGCUGUUCAGUCGAGUCAAACUCAGUACAACAGAAGACGACAGAGAAACUCUGCAACAGAUAACAUCAAAAUACAAAAUUGGCGCCACUCUCCUUCCAAUCAAGUCAGUGGGUGUCCAGGGAGACGGACGGACAUACAGUUAUGUUGUCGCUCUAUCAAGCAACGAUUCACCCGACUGGAAAUCGCUUAUGUUUCUCGCGAAACUGAUUCCCAAAGUGUGUCAUAACAUCAACAGAGUUUGCUACACGUUCGGUAAGAGAAUCAAGUUCCAGAUACAAGAUAUCACUCCCACGUUUUUGUCACAUGGAGUAAUAAGCACUUUGAGACAGGCAGAUCACGUGGCGUACUCUGUUAUUCACAAACACGGUGUAGUGGCCAAACUCAGCCAGAUGCCCAUUGUUUUAAUACCAAUCCACUUCGACCGAGAUCCUAUUGACCACAUUCCAUCGUGCCAGCGGUCAGUUGUGAUCAGAACGUUUAUCACCAGUGACUUCAUGACUGGAAUUCCUGCUACACCGGGAAAACAAAUACCUAUCGAGGUUUUGACUGAGAUGGUUGCAUCUUUAAAAGAGGUUCAAGGCAUCUCGCGAGUUUUGUACGAUUUGACUUCAAAGCCUCCAGGAACUACAGAGUGGGAAUGAUUGAAGACGGGUCACCCAAGCAGCAGUAACUGUUAAGCAGUUACCUGCGGUUUGACAUGCAAAGGAGGCGGAAGUGUUGACCCUUACGCCUCGUUUGCAUGGCUUUGUUAAAAACAAAACUUAAUCGCAGAGUAAGCUGUAGUAACAGAUAUUUAAAGAUAAGGGACGAGCUGGCAGAGCUGUGUAAUUUAUUUGACAUGACUGUUGGCUGUGGAACGUGUAAAAAAAAAACAGCCCAAAAAGUUUGUAAUUCCACACAAAUAUCACAGCUUUACUGCGCAUUAUGGACAUUUGCAGUCACAGACGUGCACAUAAUCAAUUGAGUGGUCUACCUUCUAGCCUGUGUGUCAGUCAUUGUUUAGCCAGUCAAUCACGAAAGAAAGAUUCGCACUGACGACGGCCUUGUAAAAUCGAUGCUAGAAAGUGUCUUUUGUGAAGAUUUCGAAAUCUAUAGAUCAAUUUUUUUUUGCUGCUAAUCCUGAAAGAACAGAAUUUCGUUCGUUGAAUCCCUGCAUAUCUGACAGGUUUUGCCACUAAUUCGUUCCCAGUCGUAGGUAAACAUCGAAAUUUUCCCUACAGUAUCAAUGCUUUCUCAAGCAGACAAGUAACGAGAAGAGAGAAAAUCAUCGAGUAGACAUUUUAACAUAACACCAAAUUUCCUCAACUGUUGUUUAACGACAUUUAUAGUGAUCUGGGACAAUGAAAUAAAUACAGUCGAACCUGUCCACAACGGCCACCUUGGAAACCGAGGGAAGUGGCCGUUGUAAAGAGGUGGCCGUUAUGGGGAGGCAGUACAACAUUGUUUCCAAAAUAAAAUACUUAUUUUAAGCACAUGAAUACGUAAACAAAACUGUACAUCAGCCAAACA